AUGAGUAACGAAUUAAGAGGUAAAGGGUCUGGACGAGGAAGAGGUGGCUUUCAAGGCUGGAGAGGAAGAUGGCGAGGCAGAGGAGAUGGAGGAAGAGACUGGAAAAGAAACACUGGAAAGUCUGACUCUGCACAACCUCGAUUAAUUCAGUCAACAUUGGAUCAGAUUACUCCAUAUAAAGGCUGGAAGCUGUAUUUCUCUGAAGCUUAUGAUGGCAGCUCUCCAUUUGUCCAGAAGAUUCAAGCAUUUGAAAAGUUUUUUACACGUCACAUUGAACUUUAUGAUAAGGAUGAAAUAGAAAGAAAAGGGAGUAUUCUUGUGGAUUACAAAGAGCUGAUACAAGAUAAAGAGUUAAUUGAAUUGAUACCAAGUAUAUCUACUGAUUUAAGGGAUAUGCCUCAGAAAAUACUGGACUGCAUGGGUUUGGCAAUACAUCAGGUAUUAACUAAGGACCUGGAAAGGUAUGCAGCUGAACUACAGGAACAAGAAGGAUUACCAAUUGAUGAAGAACCUAUAAUAAAUGUGCCACAUAUUCAUGCAAGGGUGUACAACUAUGACCCAUUGACUCAACUGAAGAAUGUUCGGGCUAAUUGUUAUGGGAAGUAUGUUGCCCUGCGUGGCACUGUCGUGCGUGUCAGCAACAUUAAACCUCUAUGCACCAAGAUGGCCUUUAUAUGCAGCACAUGUGGGUAUAUUCAGAGUUUUCCUCUGCCUGAUGGAAAAUAUUCCCUUCCCACAAAGUGUCCUCUGCCUGAGUGCCAUGGACGAUCAUUCACUGCAGAUAGAAGCUCUCCUUUAACAAUUACGGUGGACUGGCAGUCUAUUAAGGUUCAGGAACUCAUGUCAGAUGAUCAGCGAGAAGCAGGUCGAAUUCCUCGCACCAUAGAAUGUGAGCUGAUUCAGGAUCUUGUAGACAGUUGUGUCCCAGGAGAUAUGGUCACAAUCACAGGAAUUGUUAAGGUGUCAAACACCGAAGAAGCAUCUAGAAACAAGAAUGACAAAUGUAUGUUCCUGUUGUACAUUGAGGCAAACUCUGUCAGCAACAGUAAAGGACAAAAAGUCAUGAAUUCUGAAGAUGGGACUAAUCACCGAGUAUGCAUGGAGUUUUCACUUAAAGAUCUUUAUGCUGUUCAAGAGAUUCAAGCUGAGGAAAAUCUGUUCAAGCUAAUUGUCAACUCACUUUGUCCUACUAUCUAUGGCCAUGAGAUUGUAAAGGCAGGUUUGGCACUGGCAUUGUUUGGAGGAUGCCAAAAGUAUGUGGAUGACAAAAACAGAAUUCCAGUGCGAGGAGACCCACAUCUUCUGGUGGUUGGAGAUCCUGGAUUGGGAAAGAGUCAAAUGUUGCAAGCAGUGUGCAAUAUUGCCCCUCGCGGUGUGUAUGUUUGUGGCAAUACCACCACCACCUCUGGCUUGACUGUGACUCUGUCUAGAGAUAGUACCUCUGGGGAUUUUGCUUUGGAAGCUGGUGCUCUGGUACUUGGAGAUCAAGGUAUUUGUGGAAUAGAUGAAUUUGAUAAGAUGGGAAGCCAACACCAAGCUUUGCUGGAAGCCAUGGAACAGCAAAGUAUCAGCCUUGCUAAGGCUGGCAUUGUUUGCAGCUUGCCAGCUAGGACAUCUAUCAUUGCUGCAGCAAAUCCAGUUGGGGGACAUUAUAACAAAGCCAAAACGGUCUCUGAGAAUUUAAAAAUGGGGAGUGCCUUAUUGUCCAGGUUUGACUUGGUAUUUAUCCUGCUGGACACUCCGAAUGAAGAUCAUGACCAUUUGCUUUCUGAGCAUGUGAUGGCAAUGCGAGCUGGAAAACCAGCAGUACACAGCAGCGCUGUAGUGACUCGCAUCAACACACAGGAUUCAAACACCUCCAUUCUUGAAGCAGUCUCAGAUAAACCAUUAUCAGAAAAAUUAAAGGUCAUGCCUGGAGAAAAUUUUGAUGCUAUUCCACACCAGCUAUUGAGGAAGUAUGUUGGAUAUGCUCGGCAGUAUGUUCACCCAAAGUUAUCUCCAGAAGCUGCUCAGGUCCUCCAAGAAUUCUAUCUUGAGCUCCGGAAACAGAACCAAGGGGUGGACAGCACACCUAUCACCACAAGGCAACUGGAGUCACUGAUUCGGCUUACAGAGGCACGAUCAAGGCUGGAAUUAAGGGAAAAAUCAACCAAAGAAGAUGCUAAGGAUGUAAUUGAAAUAAUGAAAUACAGCAUGCUGGGAACUUACUCUGAUGAGUUUGGGAAACUGGACUUUGAGCGCUCACAGCAUGGUUCUGGGAUGAGCAAUAGGUCACAGGCAAAGAGAUUUGUUUCUGCACUCAACAAUAUUGCAGAAAGAACCUACAACAAUCUCUUUGCAUUUCAACAGCUUCGGCAGAUUGCAAAAGAGCUACAAAUAAAAGUAUCUGAUUUUGAAAGCUUUGUUGGCUCUCUAAAUGACCAGGGUUAUCUUUUGAAAAAAGGUCCAAGAGUUUAUCAACUUCAAACUAUGUGA